UCGGAUAGGAAAAACAACUUCUGUUUUCAUCCUACGUUAUAUAACAUUGGCAUCGACAUGUAGCCAUAAAAACGUCAUUUUAGACUCGUUUGAUUUACCGGGAGUUUUUUUAUUAUUAUUAUUAAAAUCUGGGGGAUCUUUUAUCUUCUUGAACAGAAGCACUUGUAUUCCCAGCAAGGAUGCCUGGUGUCCUGGGACUAUACAUUGGGAUGGAGGUGUUCAUUGCCCUUUCCUCUGUCAUUGGGAAUGUGAUGGUGGUCUGGGCUGUGAGAAUCAACCGAUCUCUACGAGACACGACUAUUUACUUCAUCGUCAGCCUGGCUCUUGCGGACAUUGCGGUCGGAGCACUUGUCAUUCCUCUGGCUAUAACCAUAAGCAUCGGACUGAAGACUCAUUUUUACAGCUGCCUGCUCGUUGCAUGUACUGUACUGGUACUAACGCAAAGUUCAAUUCUCGCCCUCCUGGCUAUUGCUAUUGACCGCUAUCUGAGGGUCAAGAUACCAAUGAGCUAUAAAAGAGUGGUGACUCCAAAGCGUGCAGGCACUGCAGUAGUAGUGUGCUGGAUUGUGGCCAUCGUAGUCGGCCUGACGCCCAUGUUGGGAUGGAACAAUCUGAAGAAGCUACGACAGACCAACGGCACUGUGGGUGCUGACCUUCUCGUAACCUGUGAGUUUGAGAAUGUCAUCAGUAUGGAGUACAUGGUCUAUUUCAACUUCUUUGGCUGGGUGCUGCCACCGCUCAUCCUCAUGUUGCUCAUCUACACCGAGAUCUUCUACAUGAUCCACAAGCAGCUCAACAAGAAGGUCACUGCCAACCAGACCGACCCCACUCGAUAUUAUGGGAAAGAACUCAAGCUGGCAAAAUCUCUUGCACUGGUGCUCUUCUUGUUCGCUCUUAGCUGGUUGCCAUUGCAUAUCCUGAAUUGCAUCACUCUCUUCUGUCCUAGUUGUGACAAUUCCAUGUGCCUUCUGUAUGUGGCUAUCUUGCUCAGUCAUGGCAACUCCGCCGUCAAUCCCAUUGUUUACGCGUUCCGUAUUAAGAAAUUCCGGAAUGCUUUUGUUAAGAUCUGGAAACAGUAUGUGUGCUGCGCGGAGGAUCCACGUGUGGACGAUCGCCCCAGCUUUCGUAUAGAUAGCAAAAACAGAAGACUGCGGCACAAUGAUAUCUGACGCUAUGCUAAACAGGUCUCCUCUAUUAGAAUCACUUUUUAAAACGUGACGUUAUAGUUGAGUCUUAAAGGGUAAUGCAGUAUGAGAUAUAUGAUGUGAGUUGUGAGAAUACAUAUGCCACAAUAAUGGACAAUCAGACAUUACUGGAAAUGUUUCCUUGAAAACCAAGUCAAUGGUGCAUAGAAUCACUUGCAUCAUUUGUGAGUAAUCAUUAAAUAAAUGAAAAUGGCCUGUUUUAGAAAUAUAGUCACACAUUACAACUGGCAUUCAAAUCUGUGGGAAGAUCUUUAUUUGAUUAUGAUUUCCUUCUGUGUUAGGGUUCAUUUUAAUGUCUAUCACAUAAAGGGCUUCAUAUAAUGAGUGCAAAAUUGCAGACUGUCAACGUAUAGGAGUACAUUAAACUACACGCUUAUAACAGCAUCAGAGGACUUUGAGAAAGGACGAUGAGAAUGUAAUCUGAGGCCAUUUUAUAUACAAAUAUAAAAUAAUCUUAAUGCAAACGGAAAACAAGAUUAUUCAGAGUGUCUAUUACUAAGUGCAAAUUUACACUAACUCUGCCUAAUAAUGUCACACAAUGUCAAAAACGACGUGUGUGAUUCAAUGGCUUCAGUGGUGUAGGCAGUAGCGCAUAAGGCAUGUGGAACUGGCCUGUGAUGCGAUUGACCCCGGUACGUGUCUGCCUUUUGCCGUGCUCACUCUUCUCCCUUUUCCCAUCACAUCAGAAAGGCAUUUAUUUUCAAUAAAAUUGAAGUGAAAGUAAAGUGCCUAACUAGUGUUUAAUAAUGAUAAAAGUAUUUAUAAUUCUAAUAAAUAGAAUCCUUUGCAUUCUGUUAUUAUUGCAUCCUGUUAAUGUACAACAAUACUGAGGUCCAAAUAUUAUGUAUCUGCCAGUAAUAAAGUAUAAAUAGCAUCUAAUUACUAUUUAAACUGCUACUUUUACAUGGUAAAACAACAUAUCACUAUUUUCUAUUUUUUAGCAUCUACAGCUAUUUGCACUUACUGUAAAUAGCUGCUUAUUUUUCUAGCAUCAUUGGCAGAUAAUUUGCAAAAAAAAAAAAAAAAUGCAUUUACAUUAUUUAUUUUUUGCAUAUGGGAUACCAUGAAAAUGAAUAUUAGUUCAAUAACUUACGUUCUGCCAGUUUUCACCUCUGAUAUUAUAACAGUGAUAAGAAUUAAACUUGUAUUGACUCGGAAGUAUGCAGAUGGUUUUUUUUGUGCUGUUGCCAUGGUGAAUCGUAAUAUCGGAGCUCCAUUGAUCAUGGCUUUACAUAGUCGUGGUGCACGCACUUAACUCAGUCAACCUACUCAUAGUUGAUUGAACUAACUCAAUUCAACUGAUCUGAAACAGAAAGCUCAGAGUUUCCCCAUCUCAGAGUAAGUCAACACAGAGUUGAACCCCUGAUCUUCUUCUUUUUUUUGUUUUUUUUUUUACAUUUUUCAGAGCUUUUCAGAUGUCCACUUAAGUGGACAAUAUGAGUUUUUUGGUUUUAACUGGAGAUACUGUAUUAAGCAUAAUACAGGAAAAAAAAAAAAAACAGUAAUACUGUGUGUAUUAUGUUCAAAAUAGACAAAUUUCUAUUGUAGCUCUCCUCUCUGAGAAAACAUCAGAUGGAAAUCUACAUUGAUGUAUUGAUGUUUUCAGACUGUGGAAAUAAAGUAGCGAUCAGGUGUUUUCAAUCUCAUCUGAAAUAAGCAGUGUUCGGGGGUAAUGCAUUAUGUAAUCAGAUUAUUUUUUUGAUGUAACGAGUAAACGCACAAGUAACAUGCAUUACAAAAUAUUGCUAGUGAUGCAUGUCUAAUUUAGUGGACAGAUGAUUAGUCAAAAAUUUCUCCCAAU